AUGGAGAACGACAAGGGCGAGACCGUCGACCUUGCCACCAACCGCAUCAUCAAGGCCAAGGACCACGCUUCUGUCCAGAUCUCGAUCGCCAAGGUUGACGACAACGGCCGUGCCAUCCAGGGCGAGAACAUCGUCUACGCCCUCUGCGGCUUCGUCCGUGCCGUCGGCGAGAGCGACGACUCCUCAACAGGCUCGCGCAACGCGACGGUCUCCUCAAGAGCGUCUGGAACCCCGUACGAUAAGCGACCGUCGUGUUUUCGCCUCUAA